AUGCAUGGGGACAGUCACUACAACUGGACUGACUGUGAAGCUGGUCACUGGAGCAAAGUCCCUGUCACGCUGCUCAUCUGCCUCUGCGGGCUGGUGGGGAACGGGGCUGUGCUCUGGUUCUUCAUCUCCCAUGUCCGCAGGAACCCCAUCACCAUCUACGUCCUCAACCUGGCCGUGGCCGACUUCACCUUCCUCCUCUCCAUCACCAUUGCCCUUGUGAUACUUUAUGUCCCAGAGACCCUUUGUCACAGGCUGAGCUCACGGGAUGUGACGACUGUGUUGAACAUCACCAUCCUCUUCUCUUUCACUGCCAGCGUCUACCUCUUGACAGCCUUCAGUGCCUUGACAGCUCUGUCUGUCCUCCCCAUGACCUGCUGCCCCUGCCACCGCUCCCAGUGCUUGACAGUGCUCGUAUGUGCCCUGCUCUGGGCCCUCUCCUUCCUCCUCACCAUGACCCUCUUCUUCUGCCCUGCAGCGCUCAUUGCCUUCAUCCUGAGCUACCUCUUAUCGCUGCUUACCCUGGUUUUAUCUGGUCUAACCCUGCUUGCCAGGGUCUUGUGUUGUUCGUGGCAACAUCCUCCAAGGAAGCUCUGUGCUGUGGUCCUGCUCACUGUCUUCUUCUUCCCCUUCCUCACUGCUGAUUUUGGGUAUUGGCUUUUGCUAAGGCUGUUUCAUUUUUCAGUCUUCGUCUUCGAUGCCUCUCUCCCCUUGGCCUGUGUCAACAGCAGCAUCAACCCUUGUAUUUACUUCUUGGCUGGGAGCUGCACAAAGAAGUUCACGCUCUCUGUGAGGGUUGCUUUCCAGAGGGCUUUUGGAGACGUAACAGAGCCCCAAAAUAGAGAUGAAAAUCGCAGAGAAAACACAGUGGAGCCAGCUGUUUAA